AUUGGUUGAUUUUCUUUGGAUAAAAUUAUCGCAGAAAAAUAAUCGAAAAAUCAUUUGUUUUAGCUUUAAACAUUUGGACAUAUUUUAACAUUUGGCAACAAAAUUCGAUAUUUGGGACAGAAUUUAACAAAAUAGUAGGCGGUCUACCCAAAUAUGCACUGGGAACGAGCGCGACAAAACAACUGUACACUGGACCGAUAGUAAUCCAGCCAACGGAUCACAUUCUGAAAUACCUGAGAAAAAUCCAAUAAAUUAAAAUUGUAACUGAGUACUGCGGAAAUUCCAAAAUGAGAUCGGAAUAAACGCUCGGGAGUUCAAAAGGCGCGCCCUUUGGGCCCAAAAAUUGGCCUACAAGGACAAUUCAACGCAAUAAUUCGAGACAAAACGCCAGAAAAAAGUUCAUACAUAUAACACAUACGUAUUCGUAGAAGCGUACAGCAUAUAGCGCGCGUCAUAGAGAAUUUUCGAAGAAAAAAAUGUCCAAAUUAUCUUUUCGGGCGAGGGCCCUAGAUCCCUCGAAACCAAUGCCAAUUUACUUGGCCGACGAAUUGCCAGACCUUCCAGAAUAUUCAGCAAUCAACAGGGCAGUGCCCCAAAUGCCGAGUGGCAUGGAAAAAGAGGAAGAAUCUGAACACCAUCUGCAGCGAGCAAUUUGUGCAGGUUUAUUAAUUCCAACACCUGAAGUGAGCACAGUCGACGAUGACGCCUUUUAUAAUAGAGUUUAUCCGCCCGACUACAAGAUGCCAAGGCAACUUAUUCACAUGCAACCUCUCGGCAUGGAUACAGAUAUUCCGGACUAUGAUAUGGAUGCUGCCGAUGAAAUUUGGGUGGAAUCGCAACAGCGAAGGCUAGAUUUGACGCCAUUAAAGUUUGAGCAAAUGAUGGACAAGUUAGAAAAGUCGUCAGGACAAACGGUGGUGACUUUGAAUGAGGCUAAAGCUCUUCUGAAGGAAGAUGACGACGUUUCUAUCGCUGUCUUUGAUUACUGGCUCAACAAACGACUGACAACACAAACUCCAUUAAUUCCAUGUGUAAAGACAGAAAAUCGAACUGGAAUGGCACCCAAUAAUCCAUAUUUAGCAUUUAGGAGGAGAACCGAGAAAAUGCAAACUAGAAAAAAUCGUAAAAAUGAUGAAUUUUCAUACGAAAAAAUGUGUAAACUAAAACGAGAAUUGAGUCGUGCAGUUACCCUUUUAGAAAUGAUAAAACGACGAGAAAAGUCCAAACGUGCUCAGUUGCUGUUGACAAUUGAAAUAUUUGAAAAACGCUAUGCAGCUCGAGAUUUUAAUGGACAGCUUGUUCAAGAUAUAGUCAACAGUAUGGCAAGAUCUCAAAGACCUGCAUGUGCGCCACUGCAUUCGAAUCAGUAUCAAUAUUCUCCUUUAUCUUCAUCAAACUUGGCGACUUGGGGAAACAGUGGUUCCGGAACUACGUCAAAUUCUCAUCUGCUCUACAACAGUAGUUCGCAAUACCAUUCUACGACAUCACAAAAGUCCUCAAAUCAUUCUACGAUGAUAAGGGAUGCCGAUGGGAAUAUAAUAAGAAAAGAAAAACGACAGUACCGCAAACGCAAGCAUAAACUGCAAAAGGAGAAGGGACUGCAGUCGAAUAGUGGAUUGAUUAAUGUGGGAAAUGCAGGAAAUACUGCAGUUGGAUAUUCCUCAACUGGACACCAUUUGCAUCAUUUAUCAGGAAUUCACCAUAGCAGUAUAGAUAACAUGUUGUCAUCCGAUGACGAUGAAUAUAACAAUGGAAACAAUGCAGCGGGUUCAGAAAGUGAAGAUGAAGGUUUAUACGCCUUCAAAAGGAAUCGAAAUUGUAACUAUAACCGGCCAAUCACAGAACAAUAUGGUGACUGGCCAUGGGUGUCAGCAGAGGAGCAUGGAAAGGCAGAUAAAAAAUAUAGGUUUACUCUUACAUCGAUACGACAUCCCAAACCUCGUUGCAUUGGUUUUGCCAGAAGAAGAAUGACACGAAAUGGACGAAUAGCAUUAGAUAGAUGCUCAACGUCGCUUGACGACUUUUGGAAAAGUCUGGAUUAUACAAUAUUUGACAGUGAAAAACAAAAAUCUGAAUCUGCAUUACAACAAAAACAACAACAACAAGCAACGUCGGUGAUAGAGGACCGUUGUACAGAAGACCGGCUACAUUCAGAUACUCGGAAAGAAAUGGCUGGUCGGAUACGAAUGUCAAGCGUGGGUGAGAGUUGGAGUGCUUCACCAUCUUCGCUGUCCUUCGGGGCCAGCGAAUCAUUAGAAAAUGUGAUAAAAUCUGAGAGUGUAGAAACACCAACCUCUAUUAAAAUCAAGGAAGAACAAUUAGAUGAUUACGAACGACUGAUUGACAAUGUAAAUAAUGAUAGAAAUAAUAAGCAGAUCAGUAAUAGUUGUAGUAGUAGCAAUAACACAUUACGUAAUAAUAUAAAUUCUUCUUCGUCGGCGUCGUCGUCAUCUGUUCCCGUUGUGACCAGUACGAAUCCUAAGAACUCGUCGUUUACCAAUGAAUUUCUAGAUUAUGCUGUCAAAAGUGAAAGGACUGGAUCAGUAUCUUCAACAUCAUCGGUACAAAAUGUACGACUUAACCAGCAACAGCAGCAAACAGAUACUUUGCAUUUAGUUCAUCCUAAUUUAUCAUUAGCAUCUGCCACCAAUAGUAGUGUCCAGACAUCGAAUAACAACAAUCAACUGUCACACACGCAAGAGUCUCGUGACAGUGGGAUAUCGAUUAAAUCCGAAUCAAUCAAUGACAAUGAUGCUAAUUUAUUGCAUCAGCUACCACAAGAAUUAUCCGACAGUAUUUACGAUGAGUUUUUGGAUGAAAUUGAACGCAGCUGGCUCCAUUUUCGACCAAAGACUCCGCUAUUGUCACCGUCCUCUUCACCACCGAACACCGAAUUCGCAACACCCUUUUAUACAAGUGAUAUGUUAACGUAUGAGACAGAAUGCAUCGAUACGCUUAGUAGGCUUACAAAUGGACCUUUUAACGUUGAACUACAGGCACUGGAUCGUCAGUUACCGCAAAAUUUAUUUGCCGAUAACGAAGAUAGUGUUUUUGUAACAACAGAUCCCAUCGUUCUAGAUACUCUUAUGAGUGAGUCGUUAAUAAAUCGGGUUGAUAAAGAUUCAUCGAAAUCCCUAGACCUAGCAAGUGGCAGUCACGACAGUUUGAAUGACAUUGGAUUAAAUGAAUCUAGCGAUGAUAAUGAAAAGCUGCUCGCUAAUAUUCUAGAGGAGUGCCAAAUGGAAGAUGGAAAGGCAUUAAAUCAAACGAGCAAUUUCUGGAAUGGCCUUUUGGAAGAAGAUGGUAACACAUUGCCCGUAGCUCUAGAUUUAGACAUGUUGGAAAACGGUAGAGCGUCAACCCCAAAGUUCGAUCGAAGUUUAGGAUACUGUUCCGAUGCUUUGUCAUUGUAUAGUAAGCAUCUAACGGAUGACGAGCCCACUGAUAAAAUUGAUGACAAGACUAGAGCGAUGACGAACAACAGUCAAAAAUCAAAGUGCCACAUUGAAGUCGGACGAAGCCACUUUAAACUGUCACGUACGAAAAGUGAUCAACUAUUGCAUUUAAAAUUGAAAACCGCUCGUUCAGCUACUGCAAAACUUGAUAUUGAUCCCGUUUCACAGAUUAAAGUUGAGCCAACGGAUGAACUUAAUCCUUGCAACUCACGUCCGGAACUCGUUGAUCCCUCUGUUGUUUCGUCCACUACUGAUCAAGAUACCGUUUUGUCAAAGGAACCUAUCGUGAUAAAGCAAGAACAACCUGUUACUCCCUGUGAUGCUACGGCAUCGCAUGACUAUGCUGCACCUGUUCCGUGCGUCGUGUCAAGUGGAGCUGCUACAGUGAUCCCAACGAUACUUAAAUCUACCACGCUAGUUCGAACUUCUGGUAUCAUUCCAACCUCGGGUCAAAAUUGGCAACAACAAAACGUAAACAACUCCCAGGGAGUGACAACAACGACCACCACUACAACAGGCGUAAGAAGGCAAAUUAACGGGCCACAAGGUCUACAAAACUUAUUGAGAUCAACAAAUGCAUAUGUGAGUUCACAACAACAACAACAACAACAAAAAAUACCACAGAAUACGAUAAUAGAUGAUAACAGGGACAACAAACUCAAACAAGUUAAUGAUUCCAGUGGUGGAAACACCAAUCACAAUACAGGUUUGUCGAGUUUGCCUGAGCAGCAACAAGUUAACAUAAUCCACGGGAAUAUACCACAACAAUUUGCGAUAAUAGGAUCGACAACCGGAUCGGGUCCCGGUACACAAAACCGCAUUUUUUUGACACCAACGCCGCACCAACAACACCAACAGGUGUCAACUGUAGGUCAAACAGGCGGCAAUACAACACUUGCAACCAUUCCCUCAACUGCGAUCCUCAUGAAUGACGGCAAGGGCUCCGUCGUUGACGGCAAGGCAAUCCAGCAACGUGUAAAACUUAGCGACAAUCGAAUCUUGUAUGCGACUAAUCUAAAGAACAACCGUGGUCAAUUGGUGACGCAACUUAACCAGAAAGUUCUUAAUAUUGUACCGAUUGGCCAUCCCAAAAACAACAUUUUGUCCGCAGCUGCAUCGGCAACUACCGCAACUAGUGGAGGGCUUUCUGCUGGUCAAACAAUAAAUGUUGUUUCUGGUGCUCCAUUGAGCAUAACAAAAUCAGGUCAUAUGAUUCAGCGCGUAACCACUAUAAAUAAUAGUCAAAAUAUUCGAGCUAACAACACGGGGACUACCACGAGUAUCGUUGGAAACAUCGUCGGUACGCAACAGAAAGUCAUUGGACUGGUGAAUACUUCGCCAGCUACUGUUGUCGACGUAAACCAAGCCACAAAUGCAGUCAAAAUCAUUCAAACUAAUGAUAAUAAUUCUGUAUCAGGUAUCAAUAUAAAUACGUCUAAUAGGUGAGACAAGUUGAACAUAAUUAAACUAAGAAAUUAAGGUAAUAUAUAAAAAUUAAAAUAAAAAAAAAAAAUGAAGAAAGAAAAAAAACAAAAAACUACUAAAUGUCCUUUUUAAUAAAACAAAAGUAAGGGAAUAAACAAAAUGUAUGAAAAUAUAAAAAAAAAAACAAAUAUAAAAAUAUGAGAAAUUGUAUUCAAAAAUGUUCAAUGUAAAUUUUAUGCGAUCGCUUUAUAAACAAAAUGUCUUUUUUACAUUUUUGUAUUUGAGACUAAAUUGCAUUU